AUGAUCCAUCCAAAGAAGCUUGCUCAGCUGGCCAAGAAGUGCCAGCGGAUGUUGGUGGCCGGAGCCGGUGCCCGCCGCCGGCAGGCUUCAGACACGGCCGAUGAUGAGUGCGGCAGCACAACGUCAUCUGUGGUCGCUGAUGAGGGCCACUGCGUGGUGUACGCCACCGACGGAGCACGGUUUGAGGUCCCUCUUGCGUACCUCGGCACGACGGUCUUCGCCGAGCUUCUGAGGAUGUCAGAGGAGGAGUUUGGCUUUGCAAGCGGCAGCGAGGGAGACAGGAUCAUGCUACCCUGCGACUCCACGGUGAUGGAGUACGUCUUGUGCCUUGUCAGGAGAGAGGCCUCUGAGGAGGUCGAGAAGGCAUUCUUGAGCUCCAUUUCUGGGCACUGCCCCAACUACAAUGCUAGCUGCAUGGCUCCAUCAGUGGGAAUCAGCCAUCAAUUUGCUCUUUGUACUUAG